CCUCGAUGAUAUACGGAAGUGGACGUUCACUGGGUGGAGCUAAAAACAAAGCUAAGUGCGACAAGAAGUGCUUCAAAAAGUAUGUAAUUUUUUGUCCAGUUUUUCGUCAGUCGUGACCAACGUUUCGAGUCUCGAUUGGAGUCUCGCUCUCAGACUAACGUCCAGGCAUGUUGACUGGGCGCUGUCAAACCGACCGAGCUGGAUGAAUUUGGAGGCUGUUCCUUGCCCUGAGUAGAUUAUGUCUUUGGGACUCGCCAGUUUCGCCUGAGCUGACCGUUGGUGUACCAUCUGCUAAGGGAAAAAUGCACAACAGCGAAGCAUCACACGACCCUCCACAGACUUCCUGGGAACAGACAGAGCUGGUGCACACACACUCCAAAGACAGACUUGGUUCUCCAGAUACGUCUGGGCUGGGAACCCCACGAUGUACAACACAUUUUGACCUGCUGAACAUGGUUGUGUCCUAUAAAAGAAUGGUUCAGUAUCUAGAACCAGUGGCAGAUGCAGUGGAAUUGGGUCGCUUUCUUCUUGGAUGGAAGAUGCCAGUAUGUUCACUCCUGGUAUGUUUACUCCUUAAUGCAUUCUUCUGCACUGUUAAUGAAGUGGGGUGGUUCUCAGUGGGUGUGGUGGCAGCUUUGGUUCCUGCUGCCUUCGGUUACCUGCAGGACAGGUGUGGAGGCAGAGCCUCAGAUACUGAGCUCCAGAGACAACAAUAUCACACUGUGCACCGCAGGGACCUACAGACAGUGCAACUGACUAGACAGGAAGCCAUGCUGGAAAUAAAAGAUCUAUUAAAGCACUUAGACAAUAUACUGUCCUCGGCCUGUCAGUCAGCAGACUCUUUUUACAAGGUCUUGUACUGGGACAACUACAACACGUCAACAAGGUUUUAUGGAUGGAUGUUAGUAGUGUUGUGCCUGCUCUACAUUGCUCCUGUGGGCUGGAUGCUUGCUAUGCUCAACAGCACCAUUUUCCUGUGGAACAGAGACUUUUUCAGAGUUAUGGCAGAUUUUAGAAAGUUCCUUCCCAUGGGAAAAGUCCAGACUACUGAAGGGUUUUGUGAGAACCAGGACCAAGUCAAUUUGCUGGACAGGACACCCACACCAACCAGUCUGGAGGACCUGUCCCCUGUGAGCGUGGAAGAGGCUGAGGAGGCAGAACCUGAUGAUGAAUUUAAGGAUGCCAUUGAGGAACAUUCAGUCACUCUGAAGGAGGACGAUGAAGGACCUCUUGAAGUUCAGGAAUAUGACACCAUCUCUGAAAAUGGCCUCCUGAGCCGCAAUGAACCAAUACGCAGCAAAGUUUCCAAACUGACAGAAAAACUGCGCAAACGCUACCCCACUACCAGCACAGGCAACUGUUCUGGCUGCAGUGCUGUCUUCUCAGUGCUAAAGAAAAGGAGGAACUGCAGUAACUGUGGCAACAGCUUCUGCGCUCGAUGCUGUUCUUUUAAAGUGCUGAGAGCUUGUAUGGGAGCAACAGCUCCAGAGGCCCAGAGAGAGACUGUAUUUGUUUGUGCUGCCUGUAAUUCUACCCUUAUCAAAUUAUAGUAAGAUGUCAGUUUUAUUUUCCCAGUGGCCAGUGUGAUGUCAUCAACUGUUCACACUCAAGCACCGAGGUCCUGAAGCCCCCACAUUUCUACAGCACCCUUGUCCGGUCCAGUUCUAAAACCCCUAUCCAAUUACAAUUCCUAACUAGCUGCUAAUGAUAAUUUAAGUUAAUUAUACUGUAAUCCUGGUUGUCCUUUAUAAUAUCUGAAUGAACUUCUUCCAACUAAACAGCAAAAGACCAGAAAGGUUCAAUGACACCGUCUAUAUAUAUAUAUAUAUAUAUAUUUUGCCUCCCCUGUGUUGACUCUACAGCCCAGUCACAAAAGCACAAGAAACGAUUAACGAUCAGUUUUGAAAUGAAUGAUGAAUGAAGAGCUGCUCUUCAUGUUAUACCACACAUUUGUAUUCACAGAAAAUGAUCAGCAAUUCUGUUUGUGACCAGAGCUGUGCUGUCCCUCUCAUCUGUUCACCGUUUCAAAAUCGAUUUUGCACAUUAUUCACCAUGUGAAAAUUCUCAAAAUUUGGCAAAUACAAUAAAAGUAAAUUAUUAUGUUAGAUUUUUCUGAUGGCGAAUAUGUGAGUUGUUAGAAAUGAUUCAAAGUAACAUUUUAAACCCUGGUGCUCUUCACUGAUCUUACUGUGGGGUUUGUUUGAUGUUCCUCAGUUCACUUUUAGCUUGCUUUGUAAAUAUUGGUUUAUUAUUAUUAUUACUAUUUAAGGGCCUGUGAUUUUGGUUCACUUAUUUUAUUACUUUUAAUAAUUUCAUCUGCUUCCACUGUAACUCUGCGGGCAUUGGAGUUCUCAAUACUUUUCUUACAAACCAGUGAUUUUAGGGUAAUGUGUGACCAAGAGUGAGAAAAACCUUGGAACAAUUGAUUUCUCUGUUACAGUAAUGCACUGUUUGUUGUAGUGUUGGGACAAAUUAACCUUCAAUGUACUGUGUGUAAGGUUAAGGUCAAAUAUAUACAAAUUUCAUUUCUCUUGGCAAAAAUGAAAGUAUAAGCAAGUAUAAGCAACAGUCACUUGAAGUUUUCAUCAUGCCACAAUUAUACCACUCUAAAGAUCUCCACUUUGAAAGUGCCUAAAUGCUACAGUAAACCUUCAUCACACUGAUCAACCCUCUUAAAUAUUCAUCUGCUAAUGGGAUGUAAAUUGUCAUAAAUCAGACACAUACAGUAUGUAGUUAUGUCCUUUACUGUAAUAAUUUAUUAAAUGAUCCUGUCCUGAAAUUGUCCUUCUAAUAUAUUUAAUUGAAAACACCUGAAAGGGUGUGCGUUAUUUAACCAAAUGCUAAAUUGUCCGCCUGUUGGCCCAAAGUGGAUUGUUGUAUCAUGCAAUUGUUGAAAUAAACUGUGCAAUUAUUGAUUAA